AUGAAGGGGCAAAUAAUUUUAAAUGUACCUCUGAACAGCUUUAUGUUGCUGAGACGAAUGAGAGUGAAGAAAAGGGCGCUCUGCUUGAAUUGUUUAAUAUUUUUAUUCUGUUUUGUGUCGGUGACAGAUUUUUGUUUCGGGAAAUUAUAUUUAGCACCCCUCUUUGGCUUUAUGAUAUCAAGCGACACUUUCUGUUACGGUGCUAAAUACUCUAGAGCGCUUUUGCAAUACAGCACAUAA